UUGAAUUCACUUGAAUACAUCGCCUUGAAAUGCAUGUCGGCAGCGUCUCUGCAGUGGCCGGUUACAGUGUCGCAGGAUUUCACAUCCACUCCGCACAUCUUACUCCGAUUCUUAUGUUUAGAAACACACAUCUGUCGACAUGAAUGCGAUUUCAUGGCCGACAAAGACCAAGAUGUCUGUUAACGCAAUAUCAGUUUGUUAUUCUCUAUCAGUGAAAUGAUCUCUGUUGCACUGGCCAAUGUAGCCGUUCGGCGCGUUUAGAGCAUUUUUGUUUACGGAAUUGGAUUUUUCUCAGAAGAGGCUUCAGUUCGUUUUUCUCUGGAUUGGUCAAAGGCAAAAUCACAUCAGUCGGAUCGUAGAAGAGAUUCGACUCUUUCAUUCGGUAGUCGGGUUUAAUAUGUCAAGACGAAAACAGACCAACCCUUUCAAAGUGAAUUGUAGGUAUCCCAGGGCCUUUUCACAAGACUGGGUCGUCUGGCCCUCAACACUCUUUUGAGAUGGACACUAGAAAUGACUUCAUUGAGGAUGGAGAAUGCCAUAGCAACAACUCACAGGAUCCUGAAGAGCAAGAGAGCACAAGUGAGGACGGUGACAGUGAAUUUGACAAUGACGACGACUUAAAUGGCUCUGCGGAUGACAGUAUGACGAGUAAUAAGAGCAGCCAAUUCUGCCUACAGCAGGAGGAUGUCAAAGAGGAGAGCGAGGAUGGGGCUGAUCACGGGAGCAGUUAUGUUUGUCCUCUUUGUCCGCUGGAGUACAGUAGCCCAGAGCAACUCAUCACACAUGUCUACCAGCACACAGCGGUGGGCGGCAGUAAGAGUUUCGUUUGUCCUGUAUGUGGACGAGCUCUCAGCUCUCCUGGCUCUCUUGGUCGCCAUCUUCUGAUCCAUUCAGAAGACCGUCUGUCAAACUGUGCCGUGUGUGGAGCUCGCUUCACAGACACGAGCAGCUUAAACAGGGAAAAGUUGAAAGAGUUUCUCAACACGAGUAAUAUCGAGAUCAACAGUGACGGUGAGUCCUGCUCGGUGCCCAACUCUCUCCCCAGAAGUCCUAUCGCUAACCCCAGCACCAAUCCUGGUCCCGCACUGACCUCAAUGCCAGACGGUCUCCUCUCUUCUGCUCCUCCUCUUCCUUCCCUGUCCGACACCGGUCUGACAUCGAUCAGUCCCUCGAGCACGGGACUCCCGCCUCUUCCGGAUCUUUUGAACCCGAUGCCCGUGUAUCCGGCUGGGGUCAUGUUGGUCUGCAACAGCUGCGUAGCCUACCAACAGCUCGUGGAUGCCCAGUCGCCCACCAUGAGGAAAUGGGCGGUUCGUAGGCAGAACGAGCCUGUGGAAAUGAGGAUGCAGCGACUAGAACGCGAGCGCACUGCAAAAAAGACCAAACGGGCAUGCGAGACACCGGAGGAGCGCGAGAUGCGCCGGUUGCGAGACCGGGAGGCGAAGCGGAUGCAGAGGAUGCAGGAGUCGGACGAACAGCGGGCCCGGCGUCUACAGCGUGACCGAGAGGCCAUGCGAGCCAAACGGGCCAACGAGACGCCCGAGAAGCGGCAAGCGCGGCUAAUCCGUGAAAGGGAGGCUAAGAGGCUAAAGCGGCGGCUGGAGAAGAUCGACCCGUCGUUGCGAAACCAGAUCGAGCACGACCCUGCAGCGAUGGCGGCUUUGACUGCUGAUAUGAAUCUUUUCCAGUUUUCUUUUCCCAUGUCCGUCUCCUCCAUGGAUAAUGGGAUGUUUAUGAAACUCCCCUAGUGAGCACAACCCUCUCGGCCCAGGAUUUGGUGUUUGACGUUCUUCAAACAAAACUAUUAUUGGGCUUGGCAAAUCAAUCAAGCAGUUCGAAGCAUUUUGGGGGGUUCUGACAUUCAAUCUUCUGACGUUCACAAAAAAUGUUCCUGUCUUUAAGCAUGUUUUGGAAAUUCCUUUACUUCAUUUUAAAGACUCAGACUUAUAUUUUAAGACACUUCAGUGAUGCGGUUCUCUGUUUGCACAUGGACCUACAGUGACAGGAGUGGGAUGUCCAUAUUUGGUUCACCCUACUGUUCAAAUUGCCAGUCUGAAAGGUUGGCGUUUAUCUGCAACUAUGGCUCACCUCCCAGAACCUGAAAGUGGGUGACUGGUUAGCUCAAUUUUCACAGAACCAACUACCUCGCCAUGGGCUUUCUGCAUGGCCCCAUUACAUUUUGACUCUAUCUACGUUCCCUGACAUACUGUAUUUACAAGGACACUCCAUGGCCAAGGCUCUCUCAAAUGGUUCGCUUGAUGUGGACCCAUGUUCUCAUGUCUGAAAGGCUAUGGGAUGUCCUAUUUAUCAUUUUAUGUUUUAUACCGGCAUUCAUAAGCACCUCCUUAGCAGUCACUACACACCCUUGCUGUUCUGUUUCACUCUGACUAUUAAAGUAGACUUCGACUCUAGACUUCGUCUGUUACCGCAUUACGCCAACCAUAUGGAAAACUGAAGUGGCAUUUAAGACAAAGCCUUUUUGGGAGACAUUGCUGUUUUGCAAAAAAAGGAAGGUCAUCUCUAAGGAUGCAAUGACACUGCUCAUCACUAUUUUGAAACCAGACACAUUUAUCUGACCUCCCAAAGGCUUCAUUCUUUACACACGGGUAAAUAUUUGGGCACCUACUCAGGGAUGGUGAGGAUCACCUGUAUCCUCAUGGCCUGAGAACGUAGAGGAGCAGAAGUCCUAGAUUGGGGCAAAGUGGCACCGUUAAUGGUCACAUUGGCCCGUUUUCCUUUACUUUUGUACAUUUUUCCACACUCAAUCUCUUCAGCUGAGCCAAGACGUCAAUACGGAUGUUACACGACUCCAUUUUGUCUCAAGCAACCAACCAAUCUUCUCAUCUGCUGCUGUCACUGUACUGUAUAAUGUGUAUGUUACCUCUGUAGUGCACUGGUUGUGCACUGGACAUGGGAAUGCUUGUUGGGAGUUAACAGUGAGUUGGGUGUGUGCUCGAUCUUUAUGGCAACAUACGUAAUGUAUAGAAAUUCAUUAAAAUGUUGCCUUUGUCACUGAAAAGUUGUGCUUUGGUUUUAUAUUUAUAUACUAGUAUGAUUGUUUUGUUUCGUUUUAGUGCUUUUUCUGAGAUGUGCAAUGACGUAGAGGUUUAGUGAAUGCACGAACAAUAAAACGAUUAGAAAAAAUUCAUCCUUUAUAGAGCAAAUGUACAGUAUUGUGCCAGCUUUAGUCCACCAUGCUACCCCAUACGGCAAAAAAUAUUUUUCAAAUAUAUUUUAAAAUAUAUAAAAAAUGGUCAAAACAUAUAUUUGAAAUAUAUUUAAAAAUAAUUUUUUGGCAUUUAAAAAAAUAUAUUUUAAAAAUAAAAAUAUUUUAAAGUAAGGAAAUAUAUUUAUGUCGCAUUGGAAAAAACUUUGUUACAAACCUGUUGUCGUCUUAAAUGUUAAAAUUAAAUAUAUUUCAUUCAACUUUAAAAACAUACUUUAUAAAAUUAGAUUGUAUUUGGCAUAAAUAAAAGAAAAAAUUCUUGCCAUAUGGGUUGUAAAAUGUAUUUGCUUGCCUUUAUAUAUAUUUAUUUUUAUUUUUAGUUUAAACCAUAUCAUAUAUUUUUACAUUCAAAAAUACAUUUAGCCCAAAAAAUUUGGUCAGAAAAAAAUAAUUUUUUGCCGUAUGGGACCAUAAUAUUUAUUGCUUUUGCAAUAGUAUAAUGCGCAUAUCAUAAGUUGUUAGUCUCUUUAUUAGAAUACAAGAAAAUACAAAAAAAACACUUGGCAAUAGCAGAAAACUGCAAGCUCUGUUAAACCUAAAUCCUAAUCUAAUGACUUCAGUCUCCUCAAAAAAGUUCAAGAUGUGUUAAGUGACGAGAGGUCAAACUUAAAGGAACAGUAUGUAGGAUUGUGGCCAAAACUGGUAUUGCAAUCACAAAACUUGUGGCUAAAACUGGUACUGCAAUCAUACAACUAGUGGCCAAUACACAACAUGACAACAUAAACAUCAGUUGAGGGCUGCAACUCCACUUUUUAAAUGACAAUAUCCUGGCCAGACCACUGUUGUGAGUGAUAUAAGUAUUUGAAAUGAAAAUUAUUUCUUAAUGUCUAGUGACAUAUCAGGGCCAUUUUAUGAUUAAUUUAUAUAAAUUUCUUACAUACUGUUCCUUUAAUACUGACCCUUGCCUAAUGAAGCCAUUUUGCGCUGAACAUGGAUUUUUUUUUUACACUGUGUACAUAAUAUUUCCUGUAUUUUAUGUUUGUAUCUUGAUAAAGAGAGUGAAUAGUAAAUAUGGAUGAUUAUUAAAACAAAGCUGACGGUGGCCUAAGACUUUUGCGCAAUACUGUAAUUUAUAGAAGGUAAAAGGCAAAUACAUUUAAAUUGACAAAACUAUUUUCAUUCUAAUUUAAAGGAACAGUUUUGGGACAUACAUGACACCAGAGUUUUAAAUAUUGUAAACACGUUUUAAAAGCCGGGGAGUCACGGUAUUCACAACCUUCAGGGAAGUUGACUGCACAUUAAGUUGGUGUAUGAGAAUACAUUUAACAUCUUAUAAAUAGCAUCUUCUGAAGGAAUAGUUCACGCAAAAAAUGAAAAUUAGCUCAUAUUUUACUCGCUCUCAAGCCAUUUAAGGUGUACGACUUUCUUCUUUCAGUCAACCACAGACAGAGUUGUAUUAAAUAAUUGCCAGCAGGAACACAAGAUGGCUUUGGUGCACACAGGGGUUAAAAGGUGAUCCAUGCAUCAGUUAAAUAUACCACUGGAUCUAUUGUUGUAAGCCUACUUUUAUACCAGAGUUCCUGGGCAUCUUAUUCAGAUACAUGGCGCUAUGGAUUAUAUCAAAUACCAACAGAUAAAAUCAAAAAUCAAAACCUGACUUAUAGACGGUUUCACGCGAUACGCGUCUGGUCCAAAGUUUACUUUCGGUUUCAGUUUUUUUUUUAAUGGUCUGACUAGUUGCUAAACCAAACUCUUGAACAAAUACCUCGUCGAAAAUAAAAAAUGUCUUGGUGUCCUAGUUAAUCUACGUGUUGUUAUUUUUGCUUGUUAUAUAAAUAAACUACGUUUAAAGUACUUUGUUGUUAUUUAUUCCUAGCGGAGUUUACCGGAAGUUACGUGUUGACCACGAAAGCCGCUUGUUUAUGCUCUUACUGCUGAAACCGUCUAUAAUGGGUCGUGGUUAAAGGUGGGGUGCAUUUUUUUUGAAAAACACUUUGGAAAAGGAAGUCGGGCCUAGUACCAAAACACACUUGUAGCCAAUCAGCAAUAAGGGGCGUGUCUACUUACAGACAUUGUUGCCUGGGAUGCGUCUGUGUGGGGCAGGUCUAUCAAAAGAAAGUCUAGAUUCUAUUAGGGUAGGGGUGUGUUUGUUUGGGUGAUUUCAAAUGUCAACAUUAGCUUUCAAAGAUCAUGCACCCCACUUUUAAAUCUUCCAUCAAGACAUUGGUUCAAAACAAAAAAUGGGUUAAUGAUCACAAAAUUAAGGUUCUGCCACAGCCAUCCCAGUUCCCUGACCUGAACAAUAUAGAAAAUUAAGUGAACUGAUGAUGAAAGGGGAGCACCAACAUUUGAAAUGGAGGAUUUCACAUGCCAUGAAUACUUCAACCUCAUCAGACAUUAUAAAAGACAACUUUGAGCUGUUAUCCUCUGUUGCAAAUGCGGGUGGCAAAGAGUAAUAAAUGAAGGAGGGGCCAAUAAUUGUGGCAAACGUGUAUUUACGUUAAAAAUAUUUUCCCAGCUUUUUUUGCUCGUAUUUACUAAGGGUGCCAAUAUUUUUGUUCACAACUGU